CUGUACUCCAUAAUCCCAUUAUCCUCACGACAACGGACUUAUAGUCAUGGAAACGGAAGCGCAGUUUGGUUCCAUCCAAUCUGCAUUCCUCGCAUACUCCCAAAUCCAUAUAGUCUACAAAUUAGGGCAUCUCAUACUGCUCGUAUGGUUGAUCCGCAAGGCAAUAUCUAAACCCAAUCAAGACAAGUUGUUUCCUGUCUGGGCCACAAUCGAAAUAGCCGUUGCCGGUUACGUCUUUGGCGGCGGUAAUAAUGGUAGCUUGGGUCAACGUUUAUAGUGAGUGCAAAGCAACUUCCGUCAUACAGAAUGUACAAUUGAUUGACAUCCAUAUGUAGUUCAACGAUCAGGCGAUACCGUGGUUCCCUGUACGGUGUUUCGCCCGCUCAUCAGGUCCUGACCAAUGUCUCAAACGUGGAACGGUUUAUGGCGCAGGGUUCUCAUACGCUGAAUACUGAACCUAUUCAGUAUACUCUCUUUACACGUGUCUUUGGAGGCGAACCCGGCCCUGACUUGAAGAGAAAACUUGAACUCACCUGGAAAGAUCUCCUUGCGCCUCUUGAACGGAUGUUCCUCAAUGAAGCCACCACCUCGGCAGCCCUGGAAAAUGCGGGCAUCAGUCAGAAAGCUACUUCAUUUGUUACGUUCUCCCAAGACUCCAAGCACAUGAAACGCUGGGAAUUGUCCGCCGAUAUUCAAAUCAUCACACCGGACUCCCCGGGCAAACCAGGAAUCGUGGAAGCCAACUUCCAGAGUCUUGUACGAGACUUUGGCGCUUGCAUUGCAAUUCCCCUUCUGUACGGAAAGGACUUUAUGAACCGCUACCCUCAGCUACUCGACGACUUUUGGAAGUUUGACAAUGACAUGUUUCCACUCUUAAUGAUAGGCAUUCCGCCUUGGGCUCCAAUGAAAAAGAUGAGAGAGGGGCGGAUAGCCCGUGAGCGUCUCACGUGCGAAAUUGAGGCCUUAUAUCGACGUAUUGAUCAGUAUCAAAAAGGGCAACCAGUCGAUUUUGAUGCCGAUAUCUCAGAUGUUGGUAGCGCUGCACUUGAAAGAAGCAUGGCAUACGACAAAGAAAACUGGUCCUUCCGGCAAAGGGGAGGAGGAGAUUUGGCAGCUCUAUGGGGUCAAAAUGCCAAUACUCAAGCAGUGCUUUUCUGGUUCUUGGCAUAUAUUUAUUCUACUCCUGGACUCGUCGAUGAAGUUCGAAAAGAGAUAGCGCCAUAUGUUAUUCUUUCCGACAAUUCCCAACAGGAAAUAACUUCAAUGGAUCUUACAGCAUUGUGCCGUCAAUGUCAACUUAUGAAAUCUUGCCUCUUCGAAACAUAUCGUAUGGUCAACGAAGCAACAUCCAUUCGCAUGGUUGCACGCCCCAUCACUCUUACGGACGGCGAUCACGAGCACCAGCUUCAACCCGGAAUGUUCGUGUCUGCACCUCACGUAAUAACCCAAAGAGAUCCAUCCAUAUACCCAGACCCAGAUCGGUUCAUUCCCGAUCGUUUUCUUGUAGUUGAUGCGGAAUCUGGUAAAUCAGGUGCCAAGUACGGAAAACUCAAGCCCUGGGGCUCGGGAGCUGGCAUGUGUAAGGGCCGUACUUUUGCGGAAAAGGAAAUUUUAUCUUUGGGUGCUUGUAUCAUCAGUCUUUGGGACAUUAGUCCUGCCAGCGGAACGUGGAAGUUACCUAGUAUGAUGCCAGGUACUGGGGUGAGGAGGCCUGUCGAGGAUAUUCGAGUUAGGAUUACGCGAAGACCCAACUAGUGCUGAUUGAU